AUGGAAUACCGAAAUCCGUACGCUGAGCCCGCUAGUACAGCUUCUAGCAUCACGCGUGCUCAUCGUGGAGACGGAUUUUCCGAUGUUUCCAUGACAGACGCGGACCCGCCUCCAUCACGCCCUCCUCCUGUCGCUAGUACAGCGUCAAGCCACGAGUAUCCUCGCGCACCUCCUCCGGCGGCACACAGGAGGACAGCUAGUAGCAUCGGCACGAACUCUUACAUGGAUUAUGACCCGGAUGAUAUCCCGUCGCCUCCCGUCCACUCCAGCAUCUCAGGGCGGACGCCACGACAGUACUCGUACCAAGAGCAGCCCUUCCAGUCCGCGCCACGGCGUCCACAACAAGCCGCUCUCGAGGAGCACUACCGCCAAUACCAAGAUCCAAGAACGCUUCUACCCACUGAGGUUCGACCGCCAGUCUCGUUUGCAUAUGAGCUGGAGCCCGCGGGCUACGCAGUUAGUCACCAGCAAUACUAUGGCACACCGGAGCACCGACUAGAGCGGCGGCAUCAGGAAGAAUCACAUCUGCAAGCGGUGCCAGAGACAGCGCGCCAAAUCACUCAUUCUGAGGUAGACAUGGCAUUCUCUCGACCCUACCAAUGGCAGGAUGAAUACCGGCCUCGAGCUUCCCCACCACCGCCAGGAGUGGAUCCACAGUUGGAUUGGCAGAGCAAGGAAUUGUACGGUCGUCCCUUCGUCUACGAGCAAGACCGUACGUACACCGCGUCGUCUUCAUCCGGAAGUGCAGCAGAGUUUCGAAAUACGCGUGGCGCAAACUCACGCCGCCGCGAAGAGCAUCAAGACCUUUCCCGAAGCCCCCGGCGGGCGGCCCCCCGGGGGAAGGAGCGAACUAGUCCGCACGGCGGCUCUCGACAAGGUGCGUACGGCCUGCAGCGAUUUGUCUAUCCGAUAGAAACAGCCCAGGAUCUUCCUCCCGCUGACUCUAGUCGGAAUAGGAAUCGAUGGAUAA